AUGGUCUUGAAUCGACAUUUCCAACAACAGCCUGUCUUCCACCCCGUGACACGGCCAGACAUUACCAUCAAAAAUCUCGCAAUCUUCGACACGGAUGUAUUUCGGGAUGAAGUGGCGGCUCGCCUGACGGGCUCGGUCCAGAUACCCACCGUGACUUACGAUAGCAUGGGCCAUGUGGGGGAGGAUUCCCGGUGGGAUGUCUUCUACGAACACUCGGAAUACCUGCGGAAGACAUUCCCGCGCAUCUAUAAAGCACUCGAGUUGCAAACGGUCAAUGAACAUGGCUUGUUAUACACAUGGCCAGGCUCGGAGAGUCGCCUGCGACCAUUGCUAUUCAUGGCACAUUCUGAUGUUGUUCCCGCGGGGACAUCGACGACAGCCGAGUGGACACAUCCACCAUUUCAGGGUCAUUAUGAUGGAGAGUACAUCUGGGGACGUGGUUCCGAGGAUGAUAAAUCCAACCUGAUCGCCAUGUUGACAGCCAUUGACAGCCUGCUCGAGUGCAAUUUCAAUCCAAGCAGGACUGUCAUAAUCUCUGUUGGGUUCGAUGAGGAAGGUGGUGCUGAGCAGAGCUAUGGCGCCAGGUGUCUGGCCGAGCUGCUGUUGAAAAAGUACGGCGAGAAUGGUGUGGAGAUGAUUUUUGAUGAAGGUAUCGCUGGCAUUGAGCAUCGCUUCGGAACAGACUUUGCUCUGCCAGCGACUGCUGAGAAGGGCUACAUCGAUGUGACAGUCUCCGUGCAUGUUCCCGGCGGCCAUUCGUCAACUCCACCAGAUCACACUGGCAUUGGUUACCUCGCUCAAAUAAUACGUAUCAUUGAGGACCAGCCGUUCAAGUCGAGGAUUACCAGACAGAACCCGACUCUAACCUACCUGCGACAAGCCGCACGGCUAUCGAAAUCCAUGCCCGAAGAACUACGUGCUGCCAUACUAGGUCCAGACGCCAAUGAAAAGAUUUUGGAGUAUAUGGACGCCUCUCGUGAAAGGCGAGCUAUGGUCAGAACAUCAACUGCAGUCGACGUAAUUUCCGGAGGGGACAAGGUAAAUUCACUUCCGGAAAGCGUUCAAGUUGUUGUCAAUCAUCGGAUUGCUGUUCAGGAUUCUGUGCAAGCAGUCAAGGAUCACUACAUACGACUCCUCGAGCCAUGGGCUGAGCAGCAAAGAUUCAAGUUCAAUGCUUUUGGCUCAGUGCUUUCUUCUGAGAGAUCAAGUUCGAGGCUCAAGGACGACCUCGAAGAAGGGACUUUGAUCCUUGACGCUCAGUACGAGCUCGACUCGUCUCCCAUAUCAGAUGCGGAGGAUGACCGAUUUAGCUGGCUCGUCGGUACAUUGAGAGGAGUGUUUGGGAACGAUGUCGUAGUAGCACCGGAGCUUCUCACAGGCAAUACUGAUACCCGGUACUACUGGGAGUUGUCAACACAGAUAUAUCGAAUGUCACCAUGGCGUGCGAGUCACGAUCCUCGAGGAACACGCAUGCACACAGUUGAUGAAAGGAUGCCUGUCAAAGGGUUGGUGGAGAUGGUCAAGUUUUACCAUGAGUUCAUCCGUGUUCUUGAUGAGAAGCGAAUUUAA